UGCAGGACCGGAAACACACAGGAUACCCAAACAUCGAUCUUUUAAAUAUGAACAUAAACAAUAGCAUCCCCUUUUUGCUCAACUUUCUCCGUUGAUCUCUCUGUUUCUUCCCCUUUCUUGAUUUUAUCUGAAAUCUAACCAGCGUCAACAAUGGGCUACAAGGUAGCCUCGGCCUCCCAAUACUUAGCCAUCACAGGAUGGGGCAUCGAAGACGUCAGGCUUGCGAAGAAGGCCUGGGUUUUCCCCGGGCAGUCAUGUUCAAGAAUCGACUUAUCUCCCGUGAACUACGAGUUCGAUGUGCAGGCGAUGAGCGCAGAGAAACUGCCCUUUAUUCUUCCAGCGGUGUUCACCAUUGGGCCGAAGGUGGAUGAGGAGGAGAUGAUGAUGAAGUACGCAAAGCUCAUGUCGUCGCACGACAAGAACUCGAACCAUGUGAAGGAGUUGGUGCAGGGUGUUAUUGAGGGGGAAACGAGGGUUCUUGCUGCGUCGAUGACGAUGGAGGAUAUCUUUAAGGGGACCAAGGAGUUCAAGAAGGAGGUCUUUGGCAAGGUUCAACUGGAGCUCAACCAGUUUGGUCUCCUAAUCUACAACGCCAACGUGAAGCAGCUAGUCGAUGUCACGGGCAGCGAGUACUUCUCCUACCUAGGCCAAAAGACCCAGUCGGAAGCAGCCAACAAAGCCAAGGUCGACGUAGCCGAAGCCAGGAUGAAAGGAGAAGUCGGAGCCAAACAAAGAGAUGGAGAGACAUUGAAGAACGCAGCUGAUAUUGACACAAAAACAAAGAUUUACUCGACACAGAGGCAAGGAGAAGGGAAGAUGCAGGAGGCUAAGGUGAAGGCAGAGGUGAAGAUAUUUGAGAAUGAGAGGGAGGCUGAGGUGGCUGAGGCGAAUGCCAAGCUGGCGAUGAAGACGGCCGAGUGGGAGAAGCAGACGCAGGUGGCUGAGGUGGAGGCAGAAAAGGCCGUGGCUGUGAGAGAGGCAGAGCUUCAGUUGGAGGUCGAGAAGAAGAAUGCGAUGAGGCAGACUGAGAAGCUCAAGGCUGAAUUUCUCAGUCAGGCUACUGUAGACUAUGAGAUGAAGGUGCAAGAAGCAAACUGGAAGCUGUACAACAGGCAAAAGGAAGCUGAAGCAGAACUUUACCAGCAAGAGAAAGAGGCAGAGGGACGUCGUGCAGUUGCUGAAGCCGCCUUCUUUUCUCGCCAGCAGGAGGCAGACGGAGAGCUCUACGCCAAGCAAAAGGAAGCUGAAGGACUACACGCUCUGGCUCAAGCACAGGGGUUCUACCUGGAAACGUUGCUGAAAUCUCUUGGAGGAAAUUAUGGAGCACUGAGAGAUUACCUGAUGAUAGAUGGGGGAAUGUACCGUGAUAUGGCACGUAUCAAUGCUGAUGCUGUCAAGGGGUUGCAGCCAAAGAUCAGCGUGUGGAGCAAUGGUGAUGGUGCUGGCUACGGAGAGCAAGCUGGAGCUAUGAAGGAGAUUGCUGGAGUGUAUAAGAUGCUGCCUCCAUUGUUUAGCACGGUUCAGGAGCAGACUGGAAUGCUUCCUCCUGCUUGGAUGGGUUCCAUGCCUGGACCAGCUAAAUGAAUUUAAAUCCAGGGCUCUUCAUGAUUA